GACACAAAAGGGUCCACAUGGCUAGCAACAAGUAAUCAAGAGUCAGAGGUGGGAGGACAUGGAGAAAUGGAGAGAGGAGAAAGGGAGACAGAAGAAAGCAGAACAGGAGGGAAGAGCCCGAGUGGACAUUAUGGAGACGAAUGGAGGAACUCAGGAGAGGUGUAUGGAGCAAGAAGGGGGAGCUUGGGAGGAGGCCAUGCAGCAGGCUGGGGGAACCCGAGGACAGAUCAUGGAGCUGGAUGGAAGACUCCAGGAGGAAAUCACAGAGUCAGCUAUGGGAGCUCAAGGGAAGAUCAUGGAGCUGGAUGGAAGAGCCUGGGAGGAAGUCACAGAACAGGCUGGGGGAACCCGAGGGAAGAUCAUGGAGCUGGAUGGAAGAGCCCAGGAAGUGGUCAGAGAGCAGAUUGUGGGGGCCCAAGGGAAGAUCAUGGAGUUGGAUGGCAGAAUGUGGGUGGAGGUCAUGGAGCAGGCUGGAGGAGACAAAGGAAAGAUGAUGGAGCUGGAUGGAGGAGCCCAGGUGGAAGUCACAGAGCUGGAUGGAGGAGCCCAGGCAGAGGUCACUGAGCAGGCUCGGGAAGGCCAGGAAGUGGGCAUGAAGUUAGUGAAGGACCUGUUGGCAGUGGUUGCCACUUCUGCUCUUCCCCAAAAUGAGAAGACAGAAUUGGAGUUUGUGACCCUACAGUUUAUGAUAGGGGGUAAUGUACACCUGGUCGGGGAAUUGCUGAGCCAACACACAGUGGAAGAGUUCCAACAGGAAGUGUUUGCUAGGUUCCCCAUACCAGCAUUCCGCGUGACUAGCACAGUGGCCUGUAAUCAAGCGACCAGCCGCAGGGCUGAGAGAGGCCUCUCACUCCAUGAACUUGGCUAUUCCGGGCAACAGGACAGAAUCUACUCACAGCUUAUCUUCUUCCUGUGCAGAGCCUCCUCUUUGACAGGCUGGGUGGGGCUAGACCGAUUGCUGGAGAUGCUACAACAGCUGAAGCACUGUAUCUACUAUAUCCCAGUGGCCCUGGUUGGGGUGAUUGUGCAAGAAGACUCAGAGCUGGAUCUGGAGCAGGAGGUGAAGGCACUGCAGUGGCUGAAGUGCCUGCUAGAUGGAGUCUUCUGUUGUGAUUUGUUGCCAGGCCAUGAGGGGACAGAGCAAGAGGUACAGGUUCAGGUGGCUGUCUACCAGUCAGGCUGGCCUCAGCGGGCUCUAGAGGUCAAAAGAGCAGCCUGCCAGGCAAUACGAGUGGCCCUGAAGUUCUGAACAGACAACAUGUGAGGGUGCAUCAGGAUUACCAUGGCUCCUGUAUUACGACUGAAGAUCUCAAUUAUCAAUGGAAAAUCAAUUCAGAUUUUGUCCCAGUUAUCUGUGUGCUUCUUUUAAUUUUGCAAUUAGUUAUUGCUUAAUAUUUGUUGCAAACCAAAGCCACUUUAGAUAUCUGCAUUGUGACAUCAUAAAUCUCUAAGAGCCACAGUGUGCUGUAGCAAUAUAUGAAGAGCUGGAUGGCUCAAUGUACAGAUAAUGGUUAUAGAAUAUUAUGUUUUGAAUUCUAGCAACUAAGCAGCAACAGUUGGAAGAUUUCCAAGUACCAUAGCUUUCUCCUGGCCUGUAAAUUGUGCAAUAAGCCCGAUUUGCAAUAUUUAUGUCUUAGAUGAGUUUUUUUCACCACAGCACUAUCCCUAUAGUUGUUGGACUUGCCUUUGCAACUGAAACGGAUUGUAGGCUCAUAUGAUCAUUUUCACCACUUUAGGAUGCAGGCCCCAGCUUUCAAGAAAGCUUUAUUCCAUUCUUGUUUGCUUGAUUUUUAUACACAGAAAUUUCCCGAGAUGAUGAAAAUACCAAGAGCAUAAAUGAAUGGAAUAUUUUCUUUUUUGGUUCAAUUUUUAUUGGGAAUCCUCUAUUAAGAGCAGCCAUACUGGUCAGACCAAUGGUCCAUCUAGCCCAGUAUCCUGUCUUUCAACAAGCUGCUUCAGAGGGAAUUAAAAGAAGAGGGCAAUUAUUGAGUAAUCCAUCCCCUGUCAUUCACUCCCAGCUUCAGGCAGUUAGAGGCUAGGGAUGCCCAGAGCAUAGGGUUGCAUCCCUGUCCAUCUUGGCUAAUAGCCAGUGCUGGACCUCUCUUCUCCAAUACACUGGGGAAGUGGCUGGGACUUACCCUUCUAGGUCUCUAUUGAGGGUCAGAGAACAUAGUAGAUGGUACUGCUUAACUACUCCACAGAGUUUACAGGUUCUUGACUAAAUUAUGAGUGCCUGAGUAAUCAUUUAAUUUAUGCACCCCUGAUUUGGGCUGGAUUCAGCUGCCAUUGAAAUCAAUGGAAAGACUCCAUAGGGACUGGAGCAGACACUUAGCAAGAAUGCGAGUUAUGGCAGAGAUUAUAAAACUGGGAAAAACUAUAUACAGAAAUCUUUAAAAAAAGGUAAUCAGCUUUUUCUCAGAGUAUUAACAUACUUCUUGUCUGCACAGAUUAGUUACCAGACCCAAAUGGAGUGUCUUUGACCCUUUAAAUUGCUGGUUGGGUAAGCAAAACCAGAUGCCACUAAUUUAUAUGCAUCAAUAACGGAGCAGUUAAAACUUCCUUUACUCUUUGGUAUAAAACCAACUCAUGAACAAUUUUAGCCUAUUUAGCCCAGGUCAAAAAGCACAUUUAUAAAUUAUUCACAAGCCACUUGGUCUUAGGUGGGUGGAAGAGAGACUAGUAGGUAAUUUACAAGGAGACACAAAUUCCAGCUACCCAGGGUGCAAAAAAGAUGAUCAUGCAUCUAUCCAAUCAGUCUGAAAGAAAGGGUCUUCCUUUGUUUGUACCCUUGCGUGAACUUACCAGAAAAUUAAUAUAAAAAGUGUGAUCAAAUAAUAAAUGUUCCAUUUCUAAAUGUUUUAUAAAGGGUAAUAAAUGAUUAAUAGAUGCUAUAGACAUGUAUGUGUACAUCUGUGCAAAGUGUUAUAUUUGAUUAUAAAAUAACCUGUGACAGAUACUGCAACUGCAUACAAUAUUUUUGGGGACUAUACUGUAUUAAGUUUAUGUAUCAUUGUGGGUCCAGGAUGGU